UUGACGACAAAACAUAGGUGCUUGUAAAAUUAAAUUAAAUGUGUAUGCUUCAGGGACUAUGAACAAAAAGGAAAGAAAUGAUCAAGGGUGGCAUCUGUUGUAAGAGCCCACUGAGUAAUUGGAUUUCUUAGUAUAUGGUCUCUUUGUUGCAGUCUUACAGUGACCUACAGCCAUUUACCGAUUUGUAUCGACAUCCUCCUGGAACAUCGUUUGACCUAACUUCUGCUCCUGUGAUCUUGCAUCUUCAAAAAGACCUCUCACUCUUGGAAGUUGUAGAAGCAGCAGGAGACUGUAUGGAUAACUGCGAUUAUAAGAAAAUACAUCAGAUGAUCAUGGCAGGGACAGGUGUGCAAGAAGCAAAAGAUUUGUGUCAAUCUUAUGCUUUGUCUGCACUAAAGGUCCUUCAGGAAUUUGAAGCUUCAGAUGCUCGUACAGCCCUAGAAAAUAUAGUUAAUGCAUUAAGAAUUUAUUGAAUAGGAUGAAGAGGAAGCUGUAAAUCGUCUCUGUUGAUAAGGUAUAUAUGUGUGUGUGUG